AUGGUGUGUAAAUCAAAUUCUCAUUACCUUAUAAACCCACUGGCCUGCUUCUCUCAGACAGCAGAAUGGUUCGGUGCUGCCUCCUCUGUCCUGGAGGAAUGUGGACAGACAGUCUUGGACGGUGAACAGCUGAAGACACUGCUGCAGCACCAUCAGCGUCAUGGAAACCUGAACAAUAGUAAGUGUCUCCAUCCAGGUUAUCAUGGUCAACUCUAGAGUCACAUUGUCCACCUUUCCUAAUAACUUGGGAAUCCAGAUGUAUGGUCUUUCAAGCCAAUCAAUUUUAACACAAGAGAUAAAGGAAUAGCUCCAGAAACUAGCCGUAGGGGACUGGUUCUUGUUUCCUAGACAGAAGGAAGGUUUUCGUAGGAAGAGUUUAAUAUACAGGUCUGUGUUCUUUCUCCCAGGUCAUACCUUUCAUUUCACUGCAGAUACCAUCCUGUCUACGCUGUCUUUCCCUCCAAAAAUAAGAGUUGUCAUUGGCUCUGAGCAGGACAGCUCUGGCCAUAUGAGGGCAUGCCCAAAUGCAGAUGAAUGCAUUCGGAACGAAUCGGAGAGAGAAGGAAACAGAGAAGAGAGAGAAGGACAACUUAAUGGGGGCAGAGAGGAGGAAGAAGAAAUAGGAGAGAGGCAGAGUGAUCCAGACUGGGAAGACGAAGACAACAAUGAAAGAAGUGAUGAGAGUCUGGAUGAAGGCGCUGCUAGAUGAUUGGAUGAUAUAAGACUAUCAAACUUGGAGCAACGGGAAGAGGAGGGCUUAUCACUUGCAGAGUCCUCCACUUCGUUUAUUCCAGGGCCCAGCGAUGGUAAGAACAUUUAAAUCAGUCACACAUUCAUCCACUUUUAUUUGUAAACAUUUAAAGUAUAUGAAGAUAAAUGGAGUGCAAAAGAUAGCUCAGUUACAGCCAUCACAACAGCUGCGAUACACGGGUGGUGACUCAAGGUGUCUUUUACUCACAGUUUAACUGACAAGUCGGGAAGACGAUUUAGAGUUAUGAGUUAUGAAAAUGUAACUCUUCUUCCAGAUUUUUUCAAAAUACUUGUUUACAAUUAAUAGCUUCAAAUAAUUUUUUUAAACUAUAAUACCAAUCUCAUAUACUAUUAAUACUUGCAUCCAUUGUCAGGAGUUGCUAUGGUAGGUGUGGUGUGGAAUCAGGCGCAGGAGGCAGAAGUAACGUCCAACAAAAAUACUUUAGUAGAUAUCACAACAAAUAUCCAAAACCAGCCCGGAGGCGAGAAAAGCGCGCACAGGCGUAAACAAACGGGCGCAAUUAACAAGUGCGUCAUCUACUCCUAAAACACAAACAAGGAGGAAAGCACAAAAUAGCGCACCAAAAUACAUGCAGCGCAGCAACACGACAUAGAACAAUUACACACAACACCUAACUAACAACAAGGAAACUAAAUAGGGUGCUAAUUGAGACAUAACACAAAACAGGUGUGACAAACAGACAAAACCAAUCAAACAAGAAACAUAGAGCGGUGGCAGCUAGUACUCCGGAGACGACGACCGCCGAAACCUGCCCGAACAAGGAGGAGGAGCAGCCUCGGCCGAAACCGUGACAGUACCCCCCCCUUGACGCGCGGCUCCAGCCAUGCGCCGCCCCCGGCCUCGGGGACGACCAGGAGGACGCGGAGCAGGGCGCGCAGGAUGACCACGAUGGAAUUCGGUCAGCAGGGACGGAUCCAGAAUGUCCCUCCUCGGCACCCAGCACCGCUCCUCCGGACCGUACCCCUCCCACUCCACGAGAUAUUGGAGACCCCCCAUCCGGCGUCUCGAAUCCAGGAUGGUCCGAACAGUGUACGCCGGAGCCCCCUCGAUGUCCAACGGGGGCGGAGGAGUCUCCUCAAUCUCAAAGUCCUGGAGUGGACCAGCUACCACCGGCCUGAGGAGAGACACAUGGAACGAGGGGUUAAUAUUCUUGUAAUCAAUGGGCAGUUGUAACCUGUAACACACCUCGUUCAAUCUCCUCAGGACUUUAAAAGGCCCCACAAACCGCCGACCCAGCUUCCGGCAGGGCAGGCGGAGGGGCAGGUUUCUGGUUGAGAGCCAGACUCGAUCUCCAGGUGCGUACACUGGCCCCUCACUGCGGUGUAGGUCGGCGCUCGUCUUCUGUCGACGGAUGGCUCGCUGCAGAUGGACGUGUGCAGCGUUCCACGUCUCCUCCGAGCGCCGCACCCACUCAUCCACAGCAGGGGCCUCGAUCUGGCUCUCAUGCCACGGUGCCAGAACCGGCUGGUACCCUAACACACACUGGAAAGGGGUUAGUCUCGUGGAGGAGUGGCGGAGAGAGUUCUGUGCCAUCUCGGCCCAGGGCACAUAUCUCGCCCACUCCUCCGGCCGGCCCUGACAAUAUGACCUCAGAAACCUACCCACAUCCUGGUUGACUCGUUCGACCUGCCCAUUACUCUCCGGGUGGUAACCCGAGGUAAGGCUCACAGAGACCCCCAACCGUUCCAUAAAGGCUCUCCAGACUCUGGAGGUAAACUGGGGGCCUCGAUCAGACACUAUAUCCUCGGGUACCCCGUAAUGCCGGAAGACGUGAGUAAAUAGAGCCUCAGCGGUCUGUAGGGCAGUAGGAAGACCCGGCAUGGGAAGGAGACGACAGGCCUUCGAGAACCGAUCCACAACGACCAGGAUGGUGGUAUUCCCUUGAGAGGAGGGAAGGUCGGUAACAAAAUCCACCGAGAGGUGAGACCAGGGUCGUUGUGGAACGGGCAGAGGUUGUAAUUUACCCCUGGGCAAGUGUCUGGGCGCCUUACACUGGGCACACACUGAGCAGGAGGAGACAUAAACCCUCACAUCCCUGGCUAACGUUGGCCACCAGUACUUCGUACUAAGGCAGUGCACUGUCCGGCCAAUACCUGGAUGUCCAGAGGAGGGGGACGUGUGAGCCCAAUAAAUCAGCCGAUCCCGGACCUCGAGCGGGACGUACGUCCGACCCACCGGACACUGUGGAGGGCUAGGGUCGGUGCGUAAUGCCCGCUCGAUCUCCGCAUCGACCUCCCACACCACCGGUGCCACCAGACAAGACUCCGGUAGUAUGGGGAUGGGCUCCACGCACCUCUCCUCCGUGUCAUACCGCCGGGACAGGGCAUCUGCCUUCCCGUUCUGGGACCCAGGGAUGUAAGUGAUCUCGAACACAAACCGGGCGAGAAACAUAGUCCAUCGAGCCUGGCGAGGAUUCAGUCUCCUAGCUGCCCGAAUGUAUUCCAGGUUACGGUGGUCGGUCAGAAUGAGGAAAGGGUGCUGAGCCCCCUCAAGCCAAUGCCUCCACACCUUUAGGGCCUGUACUACGGCUAACAGCUCCCUGUCCCCUACGUCAUAAUUCCGCUCCGCCGGACUGAGCUUCUUAGAAAUAAAAGCACAGGGGCGGAGCUUAGGUGGUGUGCCGGACCGUUGUGAAAGAACUGCCCCGAUACCGGCCUCAGACGCUUCCACCUCUACUUGGAAGGGUAAAGUGGGAUCCGGGUGCGCCAGCACCGGAGCCGAGGUAAACAGGUCCUUCAGUCUCCCAAAGGCCCUGUCCGCCUCAGCCGACCACUGCAAGCGCACCGGACCCCCCUUAAGAAGAGACGUUAUGGGAGCUGCCACCUGUCCAAAACCCCGGAUAAACCUCCGGUAGUAAUUCGCAAAACCCAAGAACCGCUGCACCUCUUUAACCGUAGUUGGGGUUUGCCAAUUACGCACAGCGGACACUCGGUCCACCUCCAUUCUCACCCCUGACGCAGACAACUGGUAACCCAAAAAGGAGACUGACUCCUGAAAGAACAGACAUUUCUCGGCUUUGACAUACAGGUCAUGCUCCAACAGUCUCCUCAAUACCCUGCGCACCAGGGCUACAUGCUCGGCCCGAGUAGAACUGUACACAAGAAUAUCAUCUAUGUACACCACUACUCCCUGCGCCUGCAUGUCCCGGAAAAUCUCAUUUACAAACGAUUGGAAGACUGAUGGAGCAUUCAUUAACCCAUAUGGCAUGACGAGAUACUCGUAAUGGCCGGAGGUAGUACUAAAUGCUGUCUACCACUCAUCGCCCUCCCUAAUGCGCACCAAGUUAUAUGCGCUCCUGAGGUCCAAUUUUGUGAAGAACCGUGCCCCAUGUAAUGACUCCGUCAUGGUCGCAAUCAGCGGGAGUGGAUAACUAUAUUUCACAGUCACCUGAUUGAGACCGCGGUAAUCAAUACACGGACGCAAACCUCCAUCCUUUUUCUUCACAAAAAAGAAGCUCGAGGACGCGGGAGAAGUGGAGGGCCGUAUGUAUCCCUGUCUCAGAGACUCGGCAAUGUAAGUCUCCAUUGCCCUUUUCUCCUCCUGUGACAAAGGAUACACAUGGCUCCGCGGGAGCGCAGCUCCUGUCUGGAGGUCUAUCGCACAAUCCCCCUGUCUAUGAGGUGGCAACCUUGCCGCUCUGGUCUUACUAAACACGAGUGCCAAAUCCUCAUACUCAGGCGGAAUGUGCAGAGCUGGCAUCUGGUUCGGGCUCUCCACCGAGGUCGCCCCUACGGAAACACCCAGACAUAGCCCCUCACACUGAGCAGACCACCCUUUAAGAGCCUUCUCUCGCCACGAAAUCGUAGGAUCAUGGGUAAUCAACCAGGGAAGCCCCAGUACCACCGGAUACGCAGGAGAGUCGAUCAGAUAGAGUUGAAUCGUCUCCUCAUGACCCCCAUGCGUCAUCAUCCUAAGUGGCGCCGUGACCUCCCCAAUUAACCCAGAUCCUAACGGACGACUAUCUAAGGCAUGUACAGGGAAGGGUUUAUCGACUGGAAGGAGGGGAAUCCCUAACUUAACACAGAAUUUACGAUCUACAAAAUUCCCAGCUGCGCCUGAAUCGACUAGCGCCUUAUGCUGGGAACGAGGUGCAACCUGUGGGAAACAAACAGGUAAUGUAAUGUGUACGACAGAAAGCUCUGGGUAAGUAGGGCGCCUACUCACCUGGGAGGACUCCCCAAUGUGUGACCUGCCAUCUCCCUCACCAGGGGACCCUCCCCAGCACCUAGCCGCGGUGUGCCCUCCGCGGCCACAGUUGGUGCAGGAGACUGCCCCCCUCGGGUUCCUUCCUCUCUUCCCUCUAGCGCCAGCACCUCCAAGCUCCAUCGGGCUCUGCUCGGAGGCGCUGGAGGGUGGAAUGGGAGGCCCCCACCUGGGACGUCCGCGGGUCGCGAGCAGGGUGUCCAGCCGAAUGGCCAUGUCCACCAGCUGGUCAAAUGUUAGUGUAGUAUCCCUGCACGCUAACUCCCUGCGGACGUCCUCCCGAAGGCUACAUCUAAAGUGGUCUAUGAGGGCCCUCUCAUUCCACCCUGCAUCGGCCGCUAGAGUCCGGAACUCCAGCGCAAACUCUUGAGCGCUCCUCAUCCCCUGUCGGAGGUGGAAUAGACGCUCCCCCGCCGCCUUCCCUUCUGGUGGAUGGUCGAAGACAGCACGGAAGCGGCGGGAGAACUCCGCAUAGGUGACUGUGGCGGCGUCUAUUCCCCUCCAUUCGGCGUUGGCCCACUCCAACGCCUUGCCGGUGAGACAGGAGAUGAGGGCGGAAACGCUCUCGUAUCCCGAGGGCGCCGGGUGUAUGGUGGCAAGGUAGAGUUCCACUUGUAAUAGGAACCCCUGACACCCGGCAGCGGUGCCGUCGUACGCCCUCGGGAGCGAGAGCCGAAUCCCACUGGGUUCCGGUAGUUGGACGGGCGGGCUGUCCGAUGGUGAUGGUGCGAUAGGUGGGGGUGUGGGUACCCCGCUGGUUUCCCAUCGAUGGAGGGUGUUCAUUACGCGGUCCAAGGCGUGCCCGAUCUGAUUGAUUCGAUCCUCUUGACCGCGAAGACGUUCCUCCAUGAUGUCGGUGGGUGCUCCUGCUGAUUCCAUAAAGAGGUGUGUAAUUCUGUCAGGAGUUGCUAUGGUAGGUGUGGUGUGGAAUCAGGCGCAGGAGGCAGAAGUAAAGUCCAACAAAAAUACUUUAGUAGAUAUCACAACAAAUAUCCAAAACCAGCCCGGAGGCGAGAAAAGCGCGCACAGGCGUAAACAAACGGGCGCAAUUAACAAGUGCGUCAUCUACUCCUAAAACACAAACAAGGAGGAAAGCACAAAAUAGCGCACCAAAAUACAUGCAGCGCAGCAACACGACAUAGAACAAUUACACACAACACCUAACUAACAACAAGGAAACUAAAUAGGGUGCUAAUUGAGACAUAACACAAAACAGGUGUGACAAACAGACAAAACCAAUCAAACAAGAAACAUAGAGCGGUGGCAGCUAGUACUCCGGAGACGACGACCGCCGAAACCUGCCCGAACAAGGAGGAGGAGCAGCCUCGGCCGAAACCGUGACAUCCAUAGCUCUAUCAAUGAAUGUGAAAGUGGCUACAUUUCCCCAGCCACAUCACUCAUCUCACCAAACAAAGUAACAGGGUCAGGCUGUUGAAAUGGCAGACUGGGGCUGCCCGGUGGGGUGUGUACUGUUUUAGCAAACAACUUCUGUUGUACUUGGAUUAAUAAAGUUAUAUUUGAGUGAGGAAGUAUUAGAGAAUUGAAAUCGCUCUUCAAAUGCUCAUUAAGGAAGAUGUCCAAUAGGACCUAAUAUGUAAUGUCCUAUGUAAUCUGCUCUCUUGUAUUUCAUCCCUACAGGAAUGAAUGGUGACAUGCCAUCCCGGGUCCUUGCCUGCUCGAGGUGCUCCUUUUCUCACAGUAAAAUGGCCGAACUUCACCAGCACAUCAGGACCAAGCAUCAAGGGACGGACAGCAAGUGUCUUGUCUCUAAAGAAGCUGAAACUGAUAACCCUCUUCCCCAGCGCAAGACAAAAAGGGGCUCCAACAAGUGGACUCCAACUUGCACCCUAUGUGGAAAGGUUUUCAAAUUUGCAUAUCAACUACAGCGACAUUUUAGAACUCAUAAACUGCCAUUCCAUUUUAACCAGUGUGAGAAACGUUAUGCUAAGCAGAGCAGUCUGGAAAUACACCAGAGAAUUCACACAGGAGAAAAAAACCUUGAUUGCUCAUACUGUGAUAGGGGAUUUAGAGGUGCUUUUACACUCAAACUGCAUGUGCGUACACACACUGGGGAGCGUCCUCACUGCUGCACUGUUUGUGGGACGCGGUUGGUCACAAGACCAAAUACUAAUGAAACACCUGCGGAUGCAUAA